AUGCAAGUCAAGACUAAGAUCAAUAAGGAGAACAAUGUGAUUGUCACCAUUAAGAAAGGUGCUACCUUGGAUGGUGACCUCUUACACAAGGGCAGAGAGUUUGGUACAGAGAUUACUAACAACACUGGCGCUAGCAGCGAGUGCGAGAUUGAUGAAAAAUCUCCUUGUGUUGUUAGAGAUAGCUCUUACGAAUCAAAUGUGCCUAAAACGUCUCCUAAAACACAUAAAAUGACUGACUUACAUGCUGGGACCUCUAUCACUCUUAGAUGAAAGAGAGAACAGGAAGUUCCAUCCCAAUACAAAGGAGGGAAAGACCUCACUAAGCUCGAAGGAGAAGAUCUAAAAGAAGCACUAAAGGAAGAGCUCAAACUGAGAAGAAAAGCUAUAAACAAAGACAUCUCAUUCCAUGAUGUAAUUAAUUUCAGGACUCCAGAGCUGGUUGGUGAGUACGCUGGCAAGUGAAUCCAAUGGAUGAGAGAACAGGAAGAAGAAUUUAGAAUCAAAAAUAAUUACUUGGAUACUCCUCCCUUGAAGAAAAAUUCUAAGAAGCACAAAUUAACAAGAGAAGAUCGAGCUAUUGUUGUUGAUUUGGUAUUCGAGAUUCAUAGAAAAUAUGGGCUUGUACCUGAAACUCUAUUUGUGGCUAUUUCGACUAUUGACAGAUAUUUAUCAAUGAGAAAAGAACCUCUAAGAAAAUCAAGAGAUAUUGAAUCAAUUGGAGUAGCAGCUCUCCUCAUUGCUUCCAAAUAUGAAGAUAUCUAUCCUCCAGCACUAGACGAAAUGAUUACUAUGAUGGGAAGACCCUCUACAAGGAAGGAAGUCUUGAAUUGGGAAUUCAAAAUUUUGAAACAACUCGUUUUCCAAAUUACAGUACCCACUCCAUUUAGAUUUUUGGAAAGAUUUUCUUCUGUCUCAGUUGUCUACCAAAAUGCAGCUCCUCUUGCACAAUACUUAAUAGAACUUGCGCUUUACGAUUUUGAUAUCGUAUAUAACUUGUCUCCAUCUGAAAUAGCUUGAGUUGCUCUAUUCGCUGCAGUUAAUUUUGAUAUCCACACCAACAAGAUCUCUCCGAAACUCAAAUGGUCAUCAGAAAUUAUAGAGGAGUCUUCAAUGAGGAAAGGAAAAAUCAUUGAAUACUUCAAUACCUACUUCAUAGACUUGGCUUUCAGGGUAGAAAGAGAGCUGAAAGUCAACGACAUCAACAUAAAAUAUCCUCAAUACCAAUUUGUGGAUGAUGAACCCCUUGGUUUGUUCAGCCAAAUCAAAUAAAAAUUUAUU